CGUAGUUAUUGUGCGCAUGUGACGUAUGUGACUGCGACUUCUUUUUGUAGUAAGGGUGAAAGCAAGUGAGAGAAGUUACGUUGUUUAAGUUGUGUUGUGUUGUGUUUCUGUACGUGGUUUGGUUUGUGUUGUGUUUUUAAUAUGCCGCCCAAAGGCCCAUUUACGGCUCUCCUGACAGUGAUAGUACUUAUAUUUUCCAUUUGUCUGCACGUUGUUAUAUCAGGAUCUCCCCAACCGGAACACUCGUAUCCAUCACUGUUGUCGAAAGAAUUUAUCAGUUAUAUAAAUUCCCUCCAUACAACAUGGAAGGCUGGACAGAAUUUCAUGGAGGAUAUUCCCCAUGAAUAUAUCCUUCAACUCAUGGGAGUGCACCGUGAUGCACAUUUAUUUCACCUGCCAACAAAAUCUGGUGGACUGACUGAUACUGAAAUUCCUGAGGAAUUUGAUGCAAGAGAACAUUGGCCAGACUGCCCAACAAUAAAGGAGAUACGUGACCAAGGAUCAUGUGGAUCUUGUUGGGCAUUUGGUGCAGUGGAAGCCAUGUCAGACAGAGUUUGCAUUCAUUCAAAUGGCACUCUCCACUUCCACUUUUCAGCAGAGGAUCUGGUUUCAUGCUGUUCGUCUUGUGGGUUUGGCUGCAAUGGGGGAUUCCCUGGUGCAGCUUGGAGUUACUGGGUAAAGAAAGGGAUUGUCAGUGGAGGAUCAUAUGAUUCACAUCAGGGAUGCCAGCCAUAUGCCAUUGCUCCAUGUGAACAUCAUACAAAUGGUUCUCGAAAGCCAUGCCAAGAGGGACACACUACUCCACGCUGUGAAAGAGAAUGUGAGAAAGGUUAUGAUGUGCCAUACAAAAAGGACAAACACUUUGGUAGACAUGCUUAUAGUAUUGAAAAUAAUGUCCAGAAGAUUCAGCAGGAGAUAAUGACUAAUGGACCUGUGGAAGGUGCAUUCACAGUAUUUGGGGAUUUUAUAUCUUACAAAUCAGGUGUGUACCAGCAUGUGACUGGCGGUGUUCUUGGUGGUCAUGCCAUCAGAAUCUUGGGUUGGGGUGUAGAAAAUGGUACCCCCUACUGGCUUGUUGCCAAUUCUUGGAAUUCUGAUUGGGGUGAUAAUGGAUAUUUCCGUAUUCUGCGAGGGAAGGAUGAGUGUGGUAUUGAAUCUUCAAUUUCAGCUGGCUUGCCACGUGUAUAAUACAAACAUCAGUUCUCUUUUGUGGGUCUGUUUCAGAUGUUCAGGAAAUUAUGGCAUAUAUUAUGAAAUUCUAGUUUAUGGAGGCACUAGAAGACCCCCCCCCCCACAAACCUUGUAAGUUCAUUUUUAGAAUCUUAAACUCAAGAUAUAAGUUCACACUCCAAAGUAUUUAUGAAAAAGGAGCUGCAAUUUUGUGACAUUACAAAGGAGUGGUGGACCCUGGCCAGUGUGUCCCGAGUGCCUGAUAUACUAGAAUUUAGUCCAUAAUUGAAAUACAGUCUUAUCUUGUUUUUAAACGUUUUAUAAGAAAAGCAACAGAUUUGUUUUAUUUCUCUUUGGAUCACAUUCACUUUCUAGGAGAUGAAAAAGUGAUAUGUUUUUGUACUAAUAAUAGGACUGUUAAUUAACGAAUAAAAACAGAGUUAGCUGUGGAGAUAAUAACUGAUUAUUAAAUGAAGAAGAAAUAUACUAUUUGAAACCAGGAAGAGUAGAAAUUCCUGAUACAAAAUAAGGUCUGGUGUUUAAUGUUUUGAAUUAUAAGUGACAUUAGUGAAUAUACACACAGAAGUGUUAACAAGAGUGACAUUUAGAGCUAAAUUCUGCAGUGUUCAGAAUUUCAUGUUGUGUAUCUGAACAAAGAGUGUGUAGUCAGUAAUUUUAAGAAGCUAAUUAGCUCACUGUUACAAACCUCAUAUGAAAAAAAUGCUGUUUGGUCAUGCAUAUCACAUACAUUCAUAGUUCUGUGUUCUUUGAAAUCCAUCUUGGACUAAUGCUUGAAGCAGAGGAAUCAGUGUGACUGCAGUUUCUACAACUGACAGCAAACUGAAAUUUAUUUAUAGUUUCUCUUUAGAGAUCAGAUGUUUGUAAUACUAAAUACUGAGACACUGUAUAUGGGAAAUAAUAUUUUCUGUCAAUGUUCUAGUUCAAUCUUUCAGCACCAUUCAUUGCAACAUCAGAAUACUAAAUAUGUACUGCCAAAAUCUUCUCUUGUAUCCUCUUUUACCCAUUAUAUUUACCUUUCAUGAGAUUCUAAAACAGCUUCAGUGAUUUCACAUAACAAUUUGCAUCAGACUCAUCAUAAUUAUGUAAGAAAAUAAUGUAAAGAAUAAAUAUGGAAAACAUCAUAAAAAGUAAAUGAUGAAAUACCAUAUAACUACUAAAUACAACGUAAUAAAACGUUUUUGAGGGACACUAAAAAUAAUCAUACUGUGUCUACAAACACUAAUCAGUAACACUCAAUAGCUGGCACAGUUAACCCUUCAGCGUGGCCAUUUAAAUAUCGCUGUUGUGGGGCCUCUUGCAGUAGUAUUUUUUAGUUGCCCAUUUAAAUUUUGCUCUAAUUAUAUUGUGUAUCAUAACUUUUGAACUAUAUGAGAUAUAAUUAUGAACUUUUCACUGAAAUCAUCUUAAAAUAUGGUUUUAUAAUCUUACCUUAUAAUAUGAGCGCUCUAUAUCUGAGUGGUGGAAGCAAGUUGAUUAGAAGUUGAGUUUCGUAUGGUAUUUCUUGAAACAUCCAUCUAAACACAACCAUGCCUCACAUUCACUACACCAGUAAAUAGAUUCUUUCCUUUUACCAUGUUUUGCGCACACAUCUUUUUUUAGGCUUUGCCUUUUUCCUUUGGGUGGAAUACUCCCCAGGAAAUGUCGUUCUGUGAGUCUUUUACGCGUCGGCUCAACUGAUGGACGGCUGUAUACAGGACGAAGAACACCAGAACCGUGUUUUUCCAUGAGGCCUUGUGCUAGUGAAAGUCUGAACUUUAGUGUGUUCAUGCUUUUGUUAUUCGGGAGACACUGACAUAUGACCACUGCGUUAUGUAUUGCUGCAUUGAGUAGCCUCUUGAAUAACUUUUGAUACCACUUAGUACUCUUCUUUUGUUCAAGCAAUUACGGCUGUAGCAUUUGAUCCUUCAGAUCCACUCAUAGCAUGAUUCUUUUGUAAUCACAAACAACCAGGGCUUUGUUUAUUCACAACCACAGCAUAUCAUCUUUGUGGUAUGUUGAUAUCACAGUCACUUGGCCAUCAUAACUGUGAGGUCACGCGUUCUAUUUAGACUGACUGGCAAGGCUGCAGGAUCAUGAAUCUUAUGGUUACAUGAACAGAAAGCGUAUUCUUUUCACAACAGCCCAGUGCAAUCAUCGUCAUGCUGGUGUGUUUCGUUCCAUAUUUUUGGGCCUUCGAAAUUAGGCUUACAGCUUGGUGUAUGGUGUACGGCAAACCGCAGGUAGGACCAUUUAAAUACCAGCGUACUCUGUAUGGCAAACCAUGCUGAAGGGUUAAUAAGAAUCAACUUAUAGGAGACUACAUAUGCAAAUACUUACAGCUACUCUCCUACUGACUAUCUGCCAUAUUUCAUGGUAUAAUGAUGAUUAUAAAAUCGUUUAUGUACAUAUCCAAGGAAUCACAAAAGGUGGCUACAUGGACCAUGUAAUGAAAAGGAAAAAGUCUACAUGCUCAGAGUUUGUUUUCAAAGAGAGACCUUGAAUAUAGCGGUCAGGACAAGUAACUGGUAAAUGACCAGCUUUGGAUAGGAAAAUGAAAGAAAUAAUAAUCUGACAUAAAAAAUACACAUAUGUACAAGACAACUCAACUGUGAUGUAUUACACAUACCUAUAUAUAAAAAUAUUUUGUUGAUUGAAUCAUAUGUAUAUAUGUUGGCAAUAAAGAUUAAUGCAUAGUAGUGCGCUGAUGUCA